AUGGCUCAGCUAGAAGUAGGUUAUAUUUUGAAUUAUGAGGAGGAAGCAUCUUUAACUUGGAAAGGGGUAAGUUCUAAAUACAAAAGUACUCUGGGACUUGUAAAGAGUAUUGAUCUCUCAAGCAAUAAGUUGACUGGGGAGAUUCCUAUUGAAAUCACUGAUCUUGUUGGUUUGGUUUAUUUAAACCUGUCGAGAAACCAAUUAACAGGUCAAAUACCUCCAAGGAUUGGAAUGCUGCAGGAGUUAGAUUCCCUUGAUUUAUCAAGAAACCAGAUUAAUGGCAGAAUUCCAAACAGUCUAUCUCGGAUAGAUCGUAUUGGUUACUUGGACUUGUCAGAAAACAACUUGUCUGGAAAAAUUCCAAUAGGCACCCAGCUCCAAAGCUUUGAUCCAUCUUCUUUAUGGUGGAAAUCCUCUACUUUGUGGACUGCCACUCCUAAGGACAUGCGAUGA